AUGGCAUGUGGGCCAGGGGGUCUCCAGGGCCAUCUCGCAUCUCCAUUUUCUUCUGCCGGACUUGAGAAUCAGCCCUAUAUUGAAGGGUCUUGGUUCCGGGGCUGUGGUCAGACCAAUAUGUCUUGUAAGAUGGUGCAUGGGAAGCUGGUGGAGGUAGGCAAGUGGCCAUGGCAGGUGAACAUCUUGUUCCUGGGCAUGUACAUCUGCAGUGGCUCCCUCAUCCACCGCCAGUGGGUCCUCACAGCCGCGCACUGCUUACAGAGAUCCAAGGAUCCCCAAAUGUACUCUGUGAUGGUGGGAGUCCAUCACCUCCCAGAAAACGGCACUCAGCUCCCCCUCACUCGCAUCGUGAUUCAUGAGGAUUUCAGGAAUCUCAUGUCCCAGGACAUUGCCCUCCUGCAGCUCAGGGACCCCGUCUCCUGGUCCCCCCUUGUUCAGCCGGUCUGCCUUCCCACCAUCAAAUUGAAGCCACCCGUUGGAACCAUGUGCUGGGUGAUCGGGUGGGGACUUACAAAGAAGCAAGUGACCCCAAAGACCCCUUACAGCCUUCAGGAGGUGGCUGCCAGGAUUAUAAACAAUGAUAUCUGCAAUAAACGGUACCGAUUCCUCUUGAAGAACCAGAAGUUAAUUGGGAAUGACAUGCUGUGUGCCAGCUCAGAAUGGGGCUUGGACACUUGUAAGGCUAACUCUGGCAGCUCCCUUGUCUGCCAAGUGAACAAGACCUGGAUUCAGAUGGGAGUGGUGAGCUGGGGCUUUGGCUGUGGCCGGCGCCAGUACCCGACCAUCUACACCAGCACCUCUUACUUCACCCAGUGGAUCAAGACACGGGUUGCAGACGUGAGGUUCAUCAGUAGGGCUGACCCUGCCUUCCUGAGCCCAGUCUUCCUCACUGCCUACAUUCUGCUAGUCUCCUUGGGCUCUCUGUGGCUCCUGUGA